UACAAGUAGAGAAGGGUUCAAAUCGACGAGAAUUUCCAGUCUAUGGUAAGUCAGGUGACCGCGCCUUUUCAGUCGGCCAUGGACGAAGCCCCUAUUUGUGCACCCACUUGCAGCGCCUUUGUCGAUGAAACCACCGACAAUGACCGUGAAGAAAUUACGGCGCCUGACUCAUCUCCGGGGAACUCAACCCGGACGCUUUACGACCCUCCGCCGUGCUCAAAUCGAUAUAGGAAGAAGAAGAAGAAGAAGAAAAAGGUUAUUAUUGAUAACGCCCAAGAACUGAUUUACUCGUCCUCUUCUUGUUCUUCUCCCGCAAGAUUGAUACACAGAGGUGUCAAUUGCAAACGCCGACGCCCCAAGGUUCUACUUGUCCAACCGCGGCGUGUCGAUUGUGAUUUUGAAAGCGUGGCGCUUUUAUUGGGGAUGUCAUUCGCAGCUUUUGUUUCUCAGGUUCUUGAGAGGCAGGACAUGUCUAGUGAAAGGAUGUCUGUUGAUCAUCUCUCAAUGAUUUGCACUUCAGCUAUAAGAGAAUCUUUGGUCAAUGUUUUUGGGGACAAGCUCGAUUGGUUUUUGAAGAAAUUUGAGAAGUCGUUUGGCAGCACGUUAAGAACUCUUAGAUCAAUUAGUGAAUCAUCUGCUAGAACUGGUGUGAAUUUCUCCAGCAAGCGCAAAGAAGAAAACAUCACCGUGGAUCUGACCCCUGAUAGGAAACGGGAUGGGACAAGUAGCUCUAGUCUGGAAGAGUCUUCUAGGACAGAUGCCCCUGUUGAUCAACUAAGUUUAAUUGAAGAGGUAAAUGAAAGCGUUUCUGAUUCAUUGGGUCGGGAGUUAGCUUUGUGUAGACUGACAGACGAUGUGCCUUCUAUUGCCCCACGGCCAGUUGGUUGCCAUAGCAAUGAGGUAUCCGUUGGCACUUUCGAAAGAUCUGUUGUCGAACAGGCACGUUCCAACGAUCUUAGAACAUUGGAGUUUGGCCUUGCAUUGAGGAAAUUAAAGUUGAAAGAGACACAAAUCGCACUCAAUUGUGAAUUAAACAAUCUUGAGAGGUCGAAAUUGGCAAUGGGCAUAUCAAAAGCCUCUUUUAAGGCAGAGAAGUUCAAGAAUCAGUUAGAAGACACGAGACAAUCGGAACUGCUUAAGAACUGCAGAGACUGUCUCGUUGCUGGUUUUCUUAUAAUGUUGGUUGCCCUCUCUUAUGGAGCAUAUGUUUAUUCAUAUCAAAGAAUCUCUGAAGCUACUUCAAUCUGUACACCAACUCAGGACUCAAAAUCUUGGUGGAUGCCAAAUCCCAUGGCAUCUUUGAACUCCGGAUGGCAUAUGUUAAGGUGUCAAGUUCAAGUUGUGAGCCGGUUGGCGUUCGGUGGGAUCAUGAUUCUUGCAAUAGCUUACUUGCUAAUCCAACGCUCAGCUACUUCAAAUCAGGCAAUGCCAGUUACUUUCAUCGUCUUGUUGCUUGGAGUAGCCUGCGGUUUAGCUGGGAAGUUCUGCAUAGACACACUGGGAGGAAGCGGAUUGCAUUGGCUCAUGUUUUGGGAGAUCAUGUGCUCAAUGCACUUAUGUGCAAAUCUUUUUACAUCAGCACUGUUUCUGAUCUUACAGGGGCCGGUCGAAGUUUCUCAAGGGAAAAAUCGUCACUCAAUCUUGCCAUAUUGGAUUCGCCGUGCUGUAUUCUACGCCCUUCUUCUUGUAUUUCUGCCAUUGUUGUGUGGACUGAUACCAUUUGCAGGUGUAGGUGCAUGGAAAGAUCAUUUUUUUCUCCUGGUUACUGAACUGAUUGCAGCAGACGGCUACUGAAGGAAGGAUAUGGCUGCUUUGGGUUCGAGCUGAGUUGCAUUUUAUCUUGUAGUAGAAUCCUAUUUAUUGGAUUAUUUAUCUUGUAUUAGUUAUUAUCUAACGGUUGGGCCGUUGGCUUAAGCCCAUAGCGCCCAAUGGGCUCAGCCACGUGUUAGAGAAAGCCCAUAUUCC